AUGGAUUGGAAAAGAUUCCAUAAACUCGAUGUUAUAUACUCAUUUAUGGAUGAAUUAGAAAAGGAUUUUCCUGCGAUUUGCACAGUUUACGUCAUUGGAAAAUCGGUGGAAGGUAGAGAUAUUAAGAUGAUAAAAAUUUCGAACAGUAACGCAAGUAACGAUGCAGUGUGGCUUGACGGGUCCAUACAUUCACGAGAGUGGAUUACCACAGCAGUUGUCACUUACCUGGCCGACUUCAUAGUCAGAAACUUUCAGAAAAUAUCAACCUCCAUUACUAAUAAAGAUUGGUACAUAGUGCCUGUAUUGAAUCCAGACGGCUACGUGUACACACAUACGCGUGAUCGUAUGUGGCGAAAGAACCGGGGACGACACGGCGACGAAUCUGUUGGAGUGGAUCUCAAUAGGAAUUUUAGUUUUGGCUGGGGAAACAAUGGAGAAGAAGGUUCAUCAGAAGUGCCAAAUAAUGUCUUUUAUAGAGGUCCUGCACCCUUUUCAGAACCGGAAUCAACUGCCGUUCGAGAUACUGUAGUAAGCGCUCCAACGCCAUUCAAAGUGUUCCUCUCGUUUCAUAGCUAUUACGAACUGAUCAUAUUCCCGUGGGGAUACAAGACGGACCCGUGUCCAGACUACCUACGUCUAUUAGAAGGAGGCGCGAUAAUGGCAAGGGCUAUAUAUGAAAACAGCGGUAUUAUAUAUAAAGUGGGAAGCACGAAAGACUUGACGUACUACGCCUGCGGUACAAGUACGGAUUGGAGUUACGCGAUAGCAAAAAUUCCAUACUCGUACAUGAUUGAACUGAGAAGUAAAAAAUACAAAUUUAAGUUACCGAAAGAACAAAUAAUCGAAACUUGUUACGAAAUCUGGGCAGCAGUGCAGGCUCUGAUGAAGUUUGUAGAUCAACCAACUCAAAAUACGAAAACCCAAUCCAACAAUUUAUACAAAUAUCCAACAAUUGAUAUGAAUUGUUUAUACAACUAUAUUUACAUUGAUGAAGACAAUCGUGGUAAUCAAACUGAUACUGAUUUUAUUAAUGAUACUGAUCAACAUUUAGAUGAUAAAAUUAUUAAUAAUGAAAUAAAAUGUGUAAGUAGCAAAUCAAAUGCAAAAGAAGGUAUGAUACCAAAGGUAUAUGUAAAAGAAGCAACACUUGAGGAAAUACGACUAAAAACAAUAGAUAAGAAUGAGUAUGAAAAAUGGAACAAGGGAGUAGAGCAAAAGGUUGAGAAACCUAAACGAAUGAAUUGGAAAGAGUAUCAUCGUCUAAGCGUGAUCCAUUCGUUCUUAGAUGAUCUCGAAUAUGAUUAUCCUUCAAUAUGCACUGUGGGAGUUAUUGGUAGCUCUCUUGAAGGCAGAAAUUUGAAGAUUCUCAAGGUAUCGAACAGUGAUGCAAGCAAUGCCGCAGUAUGGAUGGACGCUGGAAUUCACGCGCGCGAAUGGAUCGCACCCGCUGUCGCCACGUACAUUUCUGAUCACAUUGUGCGAAAUUUCUCGACUCUACCAUCUAGUAUCACUAACAAAGAUUGGUAUUUUCAUCCGGUCGUUAAUCCCGACGGCUACGAAUAUUCGCACACCGUGGAUCGUAUGUGGCGCAAAAAUAGGGCUUGGCAUGCUGGCCGGUGUGUUGGUGUCGAUCUUAACAGAAACUUUAGUUAUGGUUGGGGAGGUAAAGGGUCAUCGGAAAACCCUACCAACGCUUUCUAUCGAGGGCCGAAACCAUUUUCAGAACCCGAAUCAUGCGCUCUCAGGGACAUACUAUCGGAAUCCGGUAUUCCAUUCAAGGUGUACAUCACACUGCACAGCUACGGACAAGUCAUUUUAUUUCCUUUCGCGUAUCGGGAUGAACUCUGUCCCGAUUACGUGCGCUUACUCGAAGGAGCUACAGUCAUGUCGAAGGCUAUUUAUGAAACCAGUGGCAACACAUACAAGGUAGGAAUCUCGAGAGACGUCAUGUAUGGAGCGGCUGGCACGAGUAAUGACUGGAGCUACGGCCGAGCCCACAUUCCGUACUGUUAUUUAAUAGAGCUCAGAAGUAAAAAACAUAGAUUCAAACUACCCGAGGAAGAAAUAGAGGAAACUGCAAGAGAAAUACUAAAUUGUAUUAAAGCACUGAUGGAGUUUGUCGACCAAAAUUCUGUGAAAGAUAACAAAUUUUCAUAUCCUUGA